AUAAUGGCAACCUCUGGAGAAGGCAGCAAACCCAGUGGCAGAGUGACACCGCGGUCCACAGUGCAGCUGCCGCAGCUGGAGCCCCAGGUGGCCCGCAGACGCCUGUCCCAGGCCCAGCAUCGAGCCACCCUGGCCGGGCUUUUCAGCAACCUCAGGAAAACUGUUUAUUCCCAUUCCGAUCUCACAGCCUCAAAGUGGCAGGUUUUGAAUAAGGCGAAGAAUCAUAUUCAGGAGCUGGAGCAAACAUUGGACAAUUUGCUGAAGCUGAAAGAAUCCUUCAACCUGGAGGAUGGGAAUGCAAGCAGCUUAGAGGAGGUCAAGGAAGAAUAUGCCAUUAUGUACUCCAGAGAGGAUAACUAUCACCAAAACUGUGGGUCUGAGAGAUGGUGCCAUUUCUGUUCCAGAUACCUUGAGUUUUACAAGCAGACAAUGGACCUUCUGACAGGGAGUGGAAUUGUCUCCUCACAGGAGGCGAUGCUCCCCAUCGUCUCUGCUGCUAUUUCCCACUUGUGGCAAAACCUCUCUGAGGAGAGGAAAGCCAGUCUCCUGCUGGCCUGGUCCCAGCAAUGCAGUGACCUCCCGGGACUCACAGAGGCCCAUCCGGAGCCAGUCGACAGCGAGGGCAGCAUGAAGGACAGUGGAAUUGGCAGCCAAGGGGCCAGCUGCUCCCUUGUCUCCACCCCGGAGGAGGUCCUUUUUGAAGAUGCCUUUGAUGUGGCAAGUUUCCUGGACAAAAGUGAGGUCCCAAGUACGUCUAGCUCCAGUUCCUUGUUUGCCAGCUCCAACCCAGAAAAUCCAGAGGAAAAGUUUCAGCUCUAUAUGCAGAUUAUUGAUUUUUUUAAAGGCCUCUGCUGUGUUAACACCCAAGUAAAACAGGAACCAGCCCUUUCUGUGGACGAUGAGAUGAUAAUGUUGCGGUGCAUGGAGACCUUUGAUGAUGAAGAUUUGUAAUGCAGAAGGACUGGGAAAGGAAUUAAUGUGGGA